UCCGACGCCGGCGAGCGAGACCGGAAGGCGAGGCGGGCGGCGGCGGCGAUGGGGUCGAUGACGAUCGGCGCCAAGUACAAGACCACGCUCAAGGACCCCGGCACCCCGGGCGUCCUCCGCAUGGUGCGCGCCACCCUCCCCUCCCGAGUCCCAACCCGUCCUCUCCCCUUCUCUCCCCGCCGCGCGGCUCUCCUUACCUUCCCUCUCCUCCUGGCGUGCGCGCACGGCUCGCGUGGGGGUACUAGCAGCCUCCGGGACGCGCCGCUGUUGUGGGCGGGCGUUUUGGUCGGCUGCUGGGGGGCGCGGGGGCAAAUUGAAUCCAGGGCUCGGUGGAGACUUGCCGCUGAUUGGAUCGGUGGAGGUGGAGGUGCGCGCGGGUUUGUGCUGAUCAGUGCUGGGAAAUCCGAGCCACCGAGUAGGGGUAGCUUUGUGGGCUACUCUCCGCAUACGGAUGCGGAGGGAUGAACCAAGCUAAUUUGUGCUUCGAGCUAUACCAUUGGUUACAACGACGAUAGGCUCACUUUCACCCCUAAUGAUCCGCGCUCGGCAAUGAAGCUCAAUGUUGAUUUCCGAAGCAUUAAAGGUCACAAGUUCAACAAAGUAGAUGGUAACAAACCAGCAUUAUUGAAUCUUUCAAAAGAUUCUGACAAGGGUGGAGGCUACAUGUUUGAGUUUGACAAUGUUGGUAACCGUGACCUAUGUCGAGACUUUGUAGCUAGGGUUUUAGGCAAACAUCAAGGGGUAGUGCCCCCCCGACCAACUGCGGCUCCUGAAAACUCAGUUGCUUCUGCUGGUCUUGAACAGCUCAGUGCUGCUGAAGUGGAACGGCGGGUGAAACUGUUGCGAGAAGACAGUGAAUUGCAGAAAUUACAUAAGAAGUUUGUUCUUGGAAAUAUUCUGCAAGAAUCUGAAUUUUGGGCAACAAGAAAGAAUUUGCUUGAUGAUCAAGCAAAUAAAGCAUCUAAACAAAGGCCAGGCUUCAAGACUGCGAUGUCAGAUGUUAGGCCAUCAGCUGAUGGUCGGACAAACAAGGUUACUUUCAAUCUCACAACCGAGAUGAUACAUCAGAUUUUUGCAGAAAAACCUGCUGUUCGUCGAGCAUUUUUAGAUUUUGUUCCCAAAAAGUUGACAGAUAAAGAAUUUUGGACAAAAUACUGUAGAGCUGAGUAUCUGCUUAGGACAAAAAACACUGCGGCAGCAACAGCUGAGGCUGCUGAAGAUGAGGAAUUAGCUGUCUUCCUGAAGAAUGAUGAUAUACUGGCCAAGGAGGCAAAGUUGAAGAUAAAACAAGUUGAUCCAACGUUAGACAUGGAGGCAGAUGCUGGAGAUGAUUACAUCCAUCUUCCGGAUCAUGGGAUUCUCCGUGAUGGUAGCAAAGAGACACUUGACACUGACAGUGAGUUGGCAAAGAGGACACUGUCUCAGGACCUGAAUCGUCAUGCAGCUGUUGUUCUUGAAGGGAUAGCUUCAGAUGUGGAGCUGACUGAUGCAAAGAGUGUAGCGGAAGCCCUUGCAAGGUCCAAGAAGGAACCACCCUCCACUUCUGUUGAUGAUUCUAGCCAUGAGAGACUGGUGAAGGUGGCCAGAAUGACGGAGAUAGAGGAUCUGCAAGCUCCGCGAAGCGUUCCGUAUGCACCACUUUGUAUAAAGGAUCCUAGGGAGUAUUUUGAUUCCCAACAAGCAAAUGCUCUCAGAUCGUUAGGUGGCAGCAAUGAUGGAAGAAAAGCCCGUAGUUGCAGCUUGAGCACUGAAGAAGCGUUCCAUCAUUUAACGGAUCAAAUAUCUUCUAUUAAAGUUAAUAAGUUGAACUAUCCAGUUAUUCAGUCAGAUAUGGCUCUUAAGGUUCUUAAUGAGUUGAACGAAGGGAUUUCACGUUCAAGGAGACUUAACCUCAAGAACCCUCAAGAGGGUCUCCUUGGUCGGGUGCCUCAACACACGCAGGACGAGCUUAUGGAUCACUGGACGGCUAUCCAGGAAUUGCUACGCCAUUUUUGGUCAUCAUAUCCAAUAACAAAUGCAGUCCUUUAUAAUAAGGUUCAAAGAGUUAAAGAUGCAAUGACACAGAUAUAUCAAAAGCUGCAGGCUAUAAAGGAAUCAGCGCAGCCUGAUGUAAGGCAUGAGAUAUCUCGGCUAGUAAAACCAAUGACUCAGGCCUUGGACGCUGCCUUCAGCCAUGAUCUGGAGCAGCAGCAGAAAUCGGCGAAGGCCGGGAACAAACCCAACGGAUUUUGAGCCUAGGGAGACCGGUCUGACCUGACCUUUAUGGAACGAGAGGGCGGCCGUGCCCUAAUAUACAAGAAGAGCUUCUGUAGCCGGCAUUGUUGCCGUCUAUGGUCCUGCGAUUAUGGAGGCUUCUGCGAUUUUGUUCCUUCUCUCUUGAACUGCUGGAGGCGUCUACAAUUUGCACCCCAACCAUUGAUGUAUCUCUCAUGUGUUGUUUAUAGCUGAGUGAAUAGUGACUUGUAACGGCUGCUGCUGCCAAUUUUUGCCAGGACGCGUUGUACACAGCCUUCUUGGCUAUUCGAGAUAGAACCAACUAAUGCCAUUUUGAUUCCUCCCGUUCUUUUCA